UCUUCCCGCAUUUCGCGGCAGUACGUUGCACAAGCUACAUCAAUUAUGAAUCAAUCUCCCGUAUUUUUGAAAAAAUAUAAUAUCGUGAAAUCAAUAAGUGUGAUAAAACACCGUGGACAAGUUUAUCAAGUGAUCACAUCAUCAGUAUAGUAUUUGUGAUAAAAGUGCAAUGAUAGAUCUUUAUUAUAAGAAACAGUUUAAAAGAAGAUUUUAUGAAAAACAUUACUUUAGUGAAUGAAAGUGAUUUUUUGAGAAAAGAAAAGAAAAUCAGUGGAAAAUAAAAAAAAAAACUAUUCCUAACGAGACUUAUUUUUUGUGAUAUUUCCUUAAAAAAGUACUUAAAUUCCCAACGGAAGCGCAGUUUAAUAAAAAAUGAGAGACAUGGCGACAUAUUCUGUGAUGCUCCUCCUGACAACAACCAUCCUGGCUGCCCAUGUGGAUGCACAAUUGUGUUCACUACGAGAUAUGAAGGAACACGCAAUGAAUGCGUGCGACAACCUAGCCAGGAAGAUCCGUAGCCCCGACAGUCACGAGUGGAAUCCGGCCGUGUACACAUACAGAGUGUUCAAUGGGACUGAAAACGCAAGACAUCGCAGAGGAAUUGUAUAUGGAUGGAAGGAAGCUUUUCCAGAAAAUAAUGGCUUCCUGAGAAUUAAUUUAUCCCACAAAUUGUACCAUUUUCUCAGUCGAAGGCACUCACAUGGGGAUCAUAACGAAGUUGGAGAUUCUUUCGAUGUUGCUCUUCUUGGGAAAUUCUCAAGGGAACAUCGAAGACACAGGCAUAGCCAUUCAUCCCAUGAAAUUAGGAAUAAAAGGAGUGACUUUAACGCUCUGGUAACUUACUGCUGUAUUAGUCCUGAGGAUGAUGACUGUAAUGACCAUUUGUGUUUUGUGUGAGUGUUUAAACAAAAAAAAAGGACAUGUUGGAGAGUGACAAUCUCUAAGAGUGCCACAGACAAGUAGACGCGGAACUAUCUCAUUUUUAAUUAAUUAUUUUUACGUUAGAAUUGAUAGUGAAGUGAUGAUAAAUCGAGGAGUAUUUUGUAAAUAAAAUAAUUUUUUAAGAGAAAAAUUAAAAAUUUGAGCUUAAUCUUGUCUA